AUGAGACGACCGUCGAUCGCGAGCGCACCUCGUCCCCCCACACUGGCGCUCGUCGACCCCGCGACCCGCUUCCGCCGCGCGCUCGCCCACUGCGGGCCCUCGUCGCCCUCGCUCGAGUUCCUCGUCCGCCUCGCCGACCGCGUCCCGACCGACGGCCACGUCCGGUACCGCAACACGGACCCGCAGACCCGACAGACGAGCCUGCACCUCGCCGCCCUCAAAGGCCGACUCGACCUUGUCCGCUGGCUCCUCGACGAGGGCGUCGACCAGGCCGAGGUCUCGAGG